UAAAAUAGUAACUAUAAUUUCUUUUAAUCAUGCUGUAUUAUAACAUAACCAAAACUUUUGUUGACGUAAUACUGCCGGUAUUUUAUAAAACAAAACCAAUAAAAUUACGUCAAAUAUCAGUAUGUUAUUUUCACACAGAUGAAUUAAAAAGACGUUUAAAAGCAGAACAAAAAUUGAAGGAAAAAGCAGAAAAAGAAGCAAAAGCAUUUGCUGAAAAACCAAUAAAAGAUAAAGCCAAAACUCAAGACAAAAAGGAAAUUAAGGAAGAAGAAAUUAGUCCAAAUGAAUAUAUUAAACUUAGAACACAAGCAAUCAAUCAUCUUAAAAAUACAAAUGAUAUUCCAUAUCCACAUAAAUUUCAUGUAUCAAUUUCAUUGGAAAAUUUUAUUGAAAAAUUUAAUAACAAUUUGAAACCUGGAGAAAUAUUAAACAAUGAAGUACAUAGUAUAGCUGGACGUGUACAUGCAAUAAGAGAAUCAGGUGCUAAACUUAUUUUUUUUGACCUUAGAGGAGAAGGUGUUAAAAUUCAAGUAAUGGCAAAUGCAAGGCAUUAUAAAAAUGAGGAAAAAUUUACUCCUGAUAUUUCUAAGAUAAGAAGAGGUGAUAUUAUUGGUGUAAUUGGAAAUCCUGGAAAAACUAAAAAGGGUGAAUUUUCUAUUAUGCCACAUAGUAUUAUUCUUUUGAGUCCUUGUUUACAUAUGUUGCCAAAUCUUUAUUUUGGAUUAAAAGAUAAGGAAACAAGAUUUCGUCAACGUUAUUUAGAUCUUAUAUUAAAUGAUAAAGUAAGAAAAACUUUCCAUAUACGUGCAAAAAUAAUUGCAUAUGUUCGCAAAUUUCUUGACGAACUUGGAUUUUUAGAAGUUGAAACACCAAUGAUGAAUAUAAUUCCGGGUGGUGCAACAGCUAAGCCUUUUAUUACACACCAUAAUGAAUUAAAUAUGGAUUUAUAUAUGCGCAUUGCUCCAGAAUUAUAUCUUAAAAUGUUGGUAGUAGGAGGAUUAGAUAGAGUAUAUGAAAUUGGUAGACAAUUUAGAAAUGAAGGUAUAGAUCUAACACAUAAUCCAGAAUUCACAACUUGUGAAUUUUAUAUGGCUUAUGCAGAUUAUAAUGACUUAAUGUCUAUUACGGAAGAUAUGGUAUCAGGAAUGAUAAAAUCUAUUCAUGGUAGUUAUAAAAUAACAUAUCAUCCAGAUGGACCGGAAGGUGAAGCAGUAGAAAUUGAUUUUACUCCACCAUUUAAACGACUUUCAAUGAUAAAAACAUUAGAAGAAGUUUUAAAAAUUAAAUUACCUCCAGCAGACAAAUUAAAUAAUCCUGAAACAAAUCAAAUACUUAGCGAUCUUUGUACUAAAUAUGAGAUUGAGUGUCCUUCACCAAGAACAACAGCUAGAUUGUUAGAUAAACUUGUUGGAGAAUUUAUAGAAGAAACUUGUAUCAAUCCUACAUUUAUUUUGGAUCAUCCUCAAAUUAUGUCUCCAUUGGCAAAAUGGCAUCGUUCUGAACAGGGUUUAACAGAACGAUUUGAAUUAUUUAUUAUGAAGAAAGAAGUUUGUAAUGCAUAUACAGAAUUGAAUGAUCCAAUAAUACAAAGAGAAAGAUUCGAGGAACAAGCAAAAGAUAAAGCAGCUGGAGAUGAGGAAGCACAAGUCAUUGAUGAAACCUUCUGUACGGCAUUAGAAUAUGGUUUACCACCAACUGCUGGUUGGGGAAUGGGAAUUGAUCGUAUUACUAUGUUUCUCACAGAUUCAAAUAAUAUUAAGGAAGUACUACUAUUCCCACAAAUGAAACCAGAUGACCCAAAUAAAAAUCAAGGAAUAUCUGAAGAUGAUAAAACAUUAAAUGAUAAAGUAAAUCAUGUGGAAAAGUGAAGAUUUAACAUUAUGAUCUUAUAUUCUUUUGCAGUGUGCAAAGUAAAAAAUAAACAAAGUAUGCUUCCAAAAAAUAAUGAUAAUAUUAUUUUUAUUCCAUAUUUUGUAUGUAUUACUUACUACCAAAAUAGUACAAAACUAUGAGAACACAUGAAAAAAGUAUUAACAUAUAUUCACACAUACACACAAUCUUAAUAUUUCUACUAUAAUAAUAUCGCUUUAAUAUUUAAUUUUAAUUAUAAAUUAAAUUUGUAUUAUAAAAAACAAAUCAUAUUUAUUUAAAUAUAUAUUUACAUUAAAACUUUGGAGCAAGCAAGCACUGAACAGUAAUGUGUACUUGCAAUUUGCUGGCAGCUUCAUUAUAUUGUCAAAUAUUUAAGUAAUAAAUAAAUACAAUUUUCAUAA